CGCGGAAGGGGCGGGGCUAGCCUCCCCGAGCCAGAGGGUCACGAGCCCUUUCACUGUGCGCGGGCCACAGCUCCCCCUGAGGUAGUGGCGCGGUUUGCGCUGCCCCGGCGUCCCGCUAUUUCAAAGGCCAUGGGAGCAGCGCAGCGCGGCGGGUUGCGGAAUUGACGCCCCUUCAGUCGUCCCGCUUCGCGGACUCCGAGCACUGUCGCCAUGGAAGCAGAAGAGGCGGUGCACGGCGAGUCGCUCUCUGAAGAUCGGCGUCGGCUCAUCCCGGGAGCAGGCAGAAGACGACAGGGCAGUCUGGCCGCGGCCGUGGCCCAGUGCUUAGCCCUCAGCUUGAUAUGCACGGCCGGGGCCUACCCCAGCUGGGUCCUAGUGAGCAGCGGCGACAGGAGGAACGAUUCGGUCCUGGGAGCGGUCUGGGCCGUGCACCCGAGAGAUCCUGCUCCUGACUCCCCGCUCCUGGGCCGGGCCGGAGGCGUCCUGAUGGUUUCUAUCGCUGUCUGCUGCGUCCUGGCCAUCCUGAGCGGCUACGGGGCCGUGGUGCUGGACUUCCUGGGGCUGCGGCGGGGCGCAGUGGCCGCUCCCCUCCUGCACGGCUUGGCCACCCUGCUCGCUGCUGGCGCCGCCGCGCUGUGCUCCUGCCUCUUGGAGUUAGUACGGAGCAGACUCCGAACCGAGAAGGAACUGCAGCACCGUGGCCUCUCCUCGACCCCUGGCCAAAGCUUCUUCCUCUCCAUACUAGCCUGCACCUUAGCGGCCACUGCGACCGGCCUCAGCUGCAGCGCCUCAGCCCGUGUGGGACCUGCUGCAGGUCUCCCCCCUCCUGGGACAGCGCGGAGGAGGAAAAGACCGAGCUUCCUCAAGUACGAGGGAGAAGGGGCUAGUGACACAGAGCACAGCCUCCCUGCAUGGGAGGGGGAGACUGACUCCCGAAAGGAGAGGGUGGUGGCCUUGGUACAGGGGGAAACUGAACCCGGGAUGGCAGGCAGUUUCCGCUUCAUACAUGAAGAGAUUGAACCCCGGCUGGCAGGGAGUCUUCCCCUCAUACAGGGGGAGAUUGAACCCCGACUGGCAGGGAGUCUUCCCCUCAUACAAGGGGAGAUUGAACCCAGACUGGCAGGGAGUCUCCCCUUCAUAAGGGGAGAAACUAAAUCCCAAAUGGAGGCGGGUCUCCCCUUCAUACAGGCAGAGACUGAGCCCCAAAUGGAAAAGGCUUUCCCCUUUAUACAGGGCAACACUGAAUCCCGAGUGGCAGGGAGUCUCCCAUUUGUACAGGGAGAGACUGAAUCCCAAAUGGUAGAGUCUCUUCUUCAUACAACCAGUGACUGACUCCCACUCCAGGAAAAUCCCUGUUUCACUGCAGGAAGAGACUGAUCACCCUCCCCCCUGAAAGGGACACUACUCAGCCUCCUUUCCACACUACAGUAAGAGACUGAUGCAGUAAAAUCCUGCCUCACCCACUGGCAAAUAACCUCCCAAAUGAGAAAGUAUCUCUUGCCCUAGAAAAAUCCAUCUUGUCACAAGGGGAGACUUCCAACAAAGCAUCUUUCAAGUAAUUCCCCAGAAUGGAGAGAUCAGGAGGUGACAAACCAGAAUCCUUCCUCACCAGAAAGGAAGACUUCCACCAAAGUGCCUUAAAACUGAACCUCAAAAGGAUUACAGCUCUCCAGGAGUUAUGCAGCAAAACCAUAAAACAGCAUAUUUAAAAACUGCCUUAAAACUAUUCCUAAAAAUAAGGGAAUGUUCCUCCAUAGGAGUAACACUGCCAAGUUUAAUUUAGAUUUGCGUAAUGGUUUGCAAGUCCUCAAGCGGUUAAUAAGGAUUGGGCUUCCACAAGCCUUCCACUGUGUUCCUGCUAUUGAACUGGGCAGCUCUGCAUCUUGUUGAAUGUUGUAACAGUGUUAAGAGCAUUUUAUGGAUUUGUCUUAGCUGUGUGUGUGUGUGUG